GGAGCCGGGGCCUGCAGCGGAGCCGAGCCGAGCCCGAGCCCGAGCCGAGCCCUGACACCGUCCGUCCGCCUCCUGGCUCCCCCGGAGCCCGGACUGGCCGGAGCCCGAGGGCUGGCAGCGCCGGGGGCCUCACGCGCCGGAGGGAGCGGACCGGACGGGACGGGACUAGAGGAGGCGCUGCGGCCGCAGCAGCCGGGGACCGGAGUCGGGGAGCCGCGGCCUCCCGGACCCUGCUGCCCAGGCCGGCCCCGGGAGAGCGGGGAGUAGGGAAGCCCCACCCUCGGGGGCGCCCCCGGAGCGGAGGCGGGGGCGGGGACGGGGAGCAGCCUCCCUGCCCGCCGGAGGGACGACCCUCACCACUCGGGCGAGGCAAGGAAGAGACCCCUGGAGGGGAGCGUCUGCCCUUCCCAGAGGCGAGGGGAACCCCCACCCCGGCCCGGGGACAGACCUGCAGAAGUAGAAAGGGGUGAUCUCGCUGGAGGAAGCCGAGCGAGCGAGCCCGCCCUCCGAACGCACACUCUCCGCAGUUCAGCACUUCGGAGGCGGAGAGACAAGGGGGCGAUGCCUGUGGAGUAGGCGCCCCCCAGCCUGUCCAGUACUCACGGGGAGAGGGGUCCUUACACUCAGAAGCAGGGGACCCUCCAGGGAAAGAAGAGGACUCGGCUCUCGGCCUCUCAGGAGAGGGAGGAACUCCCCCUCAACUUCCUCGUACCCAGACAGUGGAACGGGGCAAAGCCCCUCGGCUCCGGGCUCCGGCACACAGAAGGAGCCCUCCGCUCCCGCAAGAUCCACUUUGGGGGGGAGGGGGACUCCCCCAAAGGGGAGGAGACAACUCCUGGUUGGGAGAGGCUCCUCCCCUCCUCCCCAGGGGAACCGGCGGGGUGUGGGGGGUGUGCCAACUGCCCCAGGUAGGACCUCCAUCUCCUCCCCCGCCUCCCCCUCCGCCUCCCUCCGCCCCUCACCCUCAGGGGACCCGGUUCCCCUCCCCAGCGUGGGAUGCUCAGCGAAGUACCGGAAGAGCCACUGAGGAUGAGACUCUUCAUCCGCCUUUGAAGAGGGGAGCCCCUCCACCCCCAAACUCCAGUACCAGGUGGUUCCCUCCCUUUGCCGGGGGGGCCUUGGAGACAGAACCCAGAAGUACCAUGGCUUCUGACCUUGAGAGCAGCCUCACCUCCAUAGACUGGCUGCCGCAGCUGACCCUCCGAGCUACCAUCGAGAAGCUUGGGAGCGCCUCGCAGGCCGGGCCUCCAGGCGGCGGCCGCAAGUGCCCGCCGGGCUCGCCCACAGACCCGAAUGCCACCCUGAGCAAAGAUGAGGCGGCCGUCCACCAGGACGGCAAACCGCGGUACAGCUACGCCACCCUCAUCACCUAUGCCAUCAACUCCUCUCCCGCCAAGAAGAUGACCCUCAGCGAGAUUUACCGCUGGAUCUGUGACAACUUCCCCUAUUACAAGAAUGCCGGCAUUGGCUGGAAGAAUUCAAUUCGGCACAACCUUUCUCUCAACAAGUGUUUCCGGAAGGUGCCCAGACCUCGGGAUGACCCUGGGAAGGGCUCUUACUGGACAAUCGACACUUGCCCUGACAUCUCCCGAAAGAGAAGGCACCCUCCAGAUGAUGAUCUGUCCCAGGACUCACCGGAACAGGAGGCAAGCAAGAGCCCACGGGGAGGCGUCCCAGGGAGCGGAGAAGCCUCACUGCCUUCCGAGGGCACUCCGCAGAUGUCACUUCAGAGCCCCGCGUCGAUCACCAGCUACAGCCAGGGCACUGGGUCUGUGGAUGGUGGAGCUGUGGCGGCAGGGGCCCCAGGCCGAGAAAGCACAGAGGGUCCUCCUCCCCUGUAUAACACCAACCAUGACUUCAAAUUCUCCUACUCAGAGAUCAACUUUCAGGAUCUAAGCUGGUCCUUUCGCAACCUCUACAAAUCCAUGCUGGAGAAAUCCUCCUCCUCUCAGCAUGGCUUUUCGUCUCUCCUGGGGGACGUGCCGCCCUCUAACAACUACUACAUGUACCAGCAGCCGCCGCCCCAGCAGUCCCAGGCGCAGCCGCAGCAGCAGGCCCCGGCCCAGGGACCCUCGGCUGUUGGGGCUGCACCUCCGCUGCAUACUCCAAGCCCGGAGGGUUGUACCCCCCCGGGGGGGAAGCAAGCUGGGGCUGAAGGCUACGGGCCCCCCUCUGUGAUGGCCAUGCACCCACCCCCCCUGCAGCACGGAGGCUACCGCCCGCAGCAACACCACCCCCACGCCCACCCUGCCCAGCAGCAGCCGCCGCCCCCACAGGCCCCAGGCCAGGCUCCUGUGAACAGUCCAGGCUUCGCCUUUCCUCCUGACUGGUGCUCCAAUAUCGACUCCUUAAAGGAAAGCUUUAAGAUGGUAAAUCGGCUCAACUGGUCCAGCAUUGAGCAGUCACAGCUCUCAGAACUGAUGGAGAGUCUGCGACAGGCGGAGCAGAAGAACUGGAGCCUUGACCAGCAUCACAUCGCCAACCUGUGUGACUCUCUCAACCAUUUCCUUACUCAAACUGGUCACGUGCCCCCCCCGGGGGCCUCCCACCGGCCACCAGCCUCUGCCCGUAUUGCUGACUCCUGUGCCCUCGCCAGUGGCAAACAAGAGCCAGCCAUGAACCAAGUGAACUCUUAUGUGCACCCACAAGCCCCCCACCUCUACCCUGGCCCAUCACCAAUGUACCCAAUCCCCACCCAGGACUCAGCAGGAUACAAUCGCCCAGCACACCAUCUGGUCCCUCGGCCGCCGGUGCCGCCUCCGGGGGCCAGUGAGGAAAUCCCUGAUGAGUUCGACUGGGACUUGAUCACCUAGGGCACUGCGGAGUGUGGCCACGCGCCUGAGGCUGGGUGGUGCAGCCUGGCGGCGGGACAGACCAGCCCCAGCCCAUCCCUUCCUCCUUGCUGUAUAUAGUUAUAUAUCCUCUUUUUCUCUUGCUCUGUGACAGAAGCCACCACAAGAUGCUGCCGAAGAUAACCCCCCCUUUCCUGCCUCCUUCUUCCUCUUUCUUCUUGGUUUUUCCCCCCAAUUCUUUUAUUAUUAUUCUAUUAUGGUAUUAUUAUUAUUAUUGUUAUUAUUAUUAUUGGUCAUAUGCUGCCCCCGGUCUCCUGUCCCAGCCGCACAGACCAUGUCCACCCCUCGCUAAUUUAAAAUCAUCUGGCUGGAAGGGGAGGCCCCGAUGGCUCCCGAGAAGGGUUUCGAACGUUGCUGUACUUUUCUCUUUGAGAAACUCGAUGCCAAUCCCACCUUUCGGCCCUAAAUUGUUUCCUGUUCCUGUCAGUUCAGUCCAGUACUAAAGAAGCCACCUUAGUAAGUUAAGGGGAUCUAAAACACGGCUUGGCGGCCAUGAAUUUGCGGGUUUUACUCAAUGGUGCUACUUUUGUCCUCUGAGCUCUUCCUCAUCCGUUUAUAUCUCCAGUCCUUCCUUCUGCCAAUCCUUGCGUCCCCGUCAAGGGUAAGAGUGAUGGCAGUGGUGCUGGAGGGUGACGGCAAAGUCCCAGUGGAACAAGAGGUCUGGGUUGGGUCGAGUCAAGUACUGUAGAGGGACAAUAGAAUACAAACCAGUCAGAAAGCGAGUAUAUGCUACUAGAAUCUUCCAUUGGCUCAUUCCUAGCCCCCUCUCUCUAUUGGGGAUAGAGUUGGUCUUAGCCAGAACUCUGCUUUCUACCCUUCAGUGUAGGUCGGGCUUUUAGGAGAUGGCUUCAAU